AAGAUCCAUUUGUUAUUGUACACCUUGAAUAUAGUGUUAUACUUUUAUACAUGACAAAUUAAUUUGUCAUGCUUUUAUAUAAGAAUUUUUUAAUUUAAUCAGUGAUCAGUGUAUAAUAACAUUGAUUAUAUUAUUAUAAAUACUAUAAGUAUAGCACAGAAUAAUAUAGUUAGGUCACGGAUUAAGGUCAUUGCUCAUUUUACAUAAUAUAUCACAGAUCCGAUGCGUACCCAGUAUUCGUGAUGUAGGUUAUUAUCUUAAACCGUGUAUUAUGAUAAUACGUUUGGAAAAAAAAUAACUAUGAGUUUUAUUAUAUUAUAAUAUUUUGACAUCAAAUUCAAGCUUAUAGCAAAUAAAUUAUUGACUACGACUACCUCAAAUUGAGACCACUAAGUUUUAUUUUUUGGAAUAUAAGUAGAAACAUUAUUAAGAUAAUUUACAAAUAAUUACAGUACAGUUCACAAAAAAAAUGUUGAAAUCAGUUUUGAGACAACUAUAUAGACAUAAGUCUUCAUCAUCUUCUGAAAAUAUUAUAACAACUAUCAAGUCAGUUAAUUCAUAUCGUAUAACUCUUUCAGAUCCUAAAACUAGAAAUACACUAUCUAUUGUUGCACUCCAACAUUUAAUUAAAGAAAUAAAAAAUGCAGGGGAUGAUUUAUCUUUAAAAAGUAUAGUAUUAUGUGGAAAUGGACCUGUUUUUUCUGCCGGACACAACCUCAACGAACUUAGCAUACCAGAAAACCAGAAAAUGAUAUUCUCAUUAGCUACAAAACUUAUGAAUACAAUGAUAGAUUGUCCUAUACCUAUUAUAGCAUGUGUUGAUGGUAUAGCUGCAGCAUCGGGUUGUCAAUUAGUAGCAGCUUCAGAUAUGGCUAUUUGUUCAAACCGCAGUUCUUUUUCAACACCUGGUGUAAACCUUGGUUUGUUUUGUUCUACUCCAGGAAUUCCACUGACUAGAGUUAUGUCAAAAAAAACUGCGGCUUAUAUGUUAUUUACUGGUACACCAAUCAAUGCCGAAGAAGCUCUUAGAACUGGUCUUGUUAGUAAGGUUGUUCAACCUGAAGAAUUAGAUGAUGAAAUUACCAAGUUGACAAUAUUAAUUGGUCAAAAAAGCCGUUCUGUUAUUACUUUGGGGAAGAAAUUUUUCUACCGACAAAUCGAUGAAAAUAUUAAAAUGGCAUACAGGAAUGGAGAACAAAUUAUGCUAGAUAAUUUAGAACUCAAUGAUUGCAAAGAAGGUUUACAAUCAUUUGUUGAAAAAAGAAAACCCAAUUGGUCAAUUUAAAAAAUUUUUUUUAAAAUUUUUUUAUUGGCUUUAAAUAUUUUUUAGUAAUCUUCAUAAUUUAUAUAAAUAUAAUAUAUGUUAUGGGAAUAGAACAAAAUCCGGUCCCAAUUUAUUGUAUUCUUAUUAUUUGUAUUCAUUGCAGAAUUGUUAAGGAUACUUUUCAAAUUUAUUCAGACUACGUAUUUGAAUAAUUGGUGUAAUUUGUAUUUAAAAUACAUUGGUCAAAAAGUAUUUGAAAAGUAUUUGAAUACUUAACAAGCCUGAUUCAUUGCAAAAUACAUAUUAUUUUGUGUACCAAUUUUAAUAUACAUAAAUAUGUUAUUA